AGGGGUGUCAGUUGGAAUGUAGAUUGCGAAGGAGAAGGUUUGGAGAGAAAGAGAGCAGGGAGAGGAAUUCACCGGAACCAUGACUGACAUGUUGCCAGUGAUGAGAAUUGGAGUUGUGGGAUAUGGACAUUUAGGGCAGUACCUUGUGGACCGGCUCCAGAGAGAAGGGGCCCAGGUGGGCCUGACACUGGUCUUUGUGUGGAACAGAAACACUGACAAACUCAGGGAAUCAGUGGCUGAGGAGCUCAUUCUACACAACCUCCCAGACUUUACAGACAGGGGUGCUGAUGUGAUUGUGGAGGUGUGUCAUCCCAAAAUUGUAAAAGACUUUGGAGUCCAGUUCCUCUCGAAGGCCCAUUUUCUGGUGGGCUCUCCUUCAGCCCUCUCAGACACACAGCUGAACCAGGAACUGCGCCAGGCUGCAGAGCAUCAUGGGAGGACCCUAUAUGUCCCCAGUGGUGCAUUGUGGGGAGGCCAGGAUAUCCUGAGACUCAAUGAUAGUGGAUCUUUAAAGGCACUGUUCAUCCGGAUGUCCAAGCACCCGUCAUGUUUCCGUCUGACAGGAGACGUGCUGUCUGAUUGGACAGAGGAUGAGGGGAGGCGGGUCUUAUUCAGUGGCUCCGUGGCAGAGCUCUGUCCCGUCGCCCCUAACAACGUCAACACCAUGGCGGCAGCGGCCAUCGCAGCGGGGACCCUGGGUUUCGCUGGCGUCCAGGGGGAGAUUGUGUCGGAUACGGCACUAAGUGAUUACCAUGUGGUGGAGGUGGAGGUUACUGGUGCCAAUGGCUUCACAGUGCAUACAGUGCGGAGGAACCCAGCCAAACAUGGAGCUGUAACUGGGAGUGCCACCUACAACUCCUUCUGGAGCAGCUUACUGGUGUGUAAGGGACAUGGAGGCCGGGUUUACUUGUGCUGAAGAGGGAGGGAUUUCAGAAGACAAUUCCCUCUACCAACCAAACACUCACAACACUAUGGUACUGAAACACACACUACACAACACUAUGGUACUGAAACACACACUACACAACAUUGCGGUACUGAAACACACACUACACAACAUUACGGUACUGAAACAGACCACAUUAUGGUUACUGAACAGUCUGCAGUGGCUGUGUCUGUAGUUACUGAUCAUGUGUGAGCAAAGUUCAUCCUACACAACAUCCUACUACUGUAUCCCAGCAGCACUUCCCUCCUUUUCUCUACAAAUGAAAAACAUGCCUUUGUGAAGUAACAAGUUAAAUGAGCAACUCUCUCAGGGUGAUGGCAGACACCACAUUCAUUAGCUAUCGUCUAGCAACAAGCCACAUCUUUUACAGCUCUUAUGCAGUUACAUCCACUACUGAGCUGCAAUACAUGUUAACAGUACUGUAUGAUGAUCUUUAUGUAGUGCCUUGGUGUUGACACCACACACACACCAUUGUGACCUUAAAACUAGAAGGUUCCAUCUGCAAGAAUAAGGUUCUGAAGCCUAAUUGGUUUGAAUUAAUUAAUUUUAUCUUGUAUUCUUUUGAACUUAACAUGAAUUGAGUUAUAUAGUACUCUAUGUAGAGAACAUUGUACAGAACAAGGAAUAACCAAAUGUCAAUAACAAAACAUGCAGAUAGAACCUUACCGUUUCAAGCUCUCAGUAUUUCCUGUUGUAGUAAAACCCCAACAAAAGAGAAGA